GCCAAAAGAUUGCCUCAAUUUUCAAAAAGAAGCAGUGGUUGCCCGCCUGUGCAUUAAAAUUCCAACAGCCUCCAGAGGACCCCCAGAUCAGAGAGAAAACGAAGAAACGGUGCAGUUUCUGUUAGUGCAGUGAAGAAGAUGGAGAAGAUCUGUGUUGCAGUUCGAGUGAGGCCUCCUGUAACGGAGGAAUCGGCCAGCGGAGCCUAUUGGAAGGUCGACGACAAUCGUAUUUCUCUUCAGAAGCUUCAUGACUCCCCUGUCUCCGGGGCUUCUUACGCUUUCGAUCAUAUAUUCGAUGAAAGUUGCUCGAAUGCUAAGAUUUACGAGCUUCUUACAAGGGAUAUUAUUCGCGCUGUAGUGGAAGGUUUUAACGGAACCGCAUUUGCGUAUGGACAAACCAGCAGUGGAAAGACUUUUACCAUGAAUGGUACUGAAAAGGAUCCAGGAAUUAUUCAUCGGGCAGUGAAAGACAUAUUUGACAGAAUUCAAAUGACAUCGGACCGUGAGUUUUUGAUUCGAGUUUCGUACAUGGAAAUUUACAAUGAGGAAAUUAUUGAUCUUUUGGCCGUUGAAAACCAGAAAUUACAAAUUCAUGAGAGCUUGGAGCGUGGUGUAUUUGUUGCUGGUCUCAGGGAGGAAAUUGUCAACAAUGCUGAACAGGUGUUGAAACUCAUUGAAUCAGGAGAAGUCAAUAGGCACUUUGGUGAAACAAAUAUUAAUGUUCGGAGCAGUAGAUCCCACACAAUAUUCAGAAUGGUAAUUGAAAGCAAGGAGAAGGAUACCAAUUCCGUUAAUCACUUUUAUAGUUCUGAUGCUAUUCGUGUCUCUGUCUUGAAUUUGGUUGAUUUAGCUGGGUCUGAAAGAAUUGCCAAAACUGGAGCUGAUGGAGUACGUCUCAAGGAAGGAAAGCACAUAAACAAGAGCUUAAUGAUUCUUGGUAAUGUGAUUAACAAACUAAGUGAUGGUGCAAAGAAUAGGGGUCAUAUACCUUAUCGUGACAGUAAACUAACACGCAUACUUCAACCUGCCCUCGGUGGGAAUGCCAAAACUUCAAUUAUAUGCACUAUAGCACCAGAAGAGGUACACAUUGAGGAAACAAAGGGAACCCUCCAAUUUGCUAGCAGAGCCAAGCGAAUUGCUAAUUGUGCUCAAGUGAAUGAGAUUUUGACAGAUGCAGCCUUAUUGAAGAGGCAAAAACAAGAAAUAGAGGAUCUGCGUAAGAAGCUUCAGGGAUCUCAAUCCGAGGUGCUUGAGCAAGAGAUCUUGAAAUUGAGGAACGAUUUGCUUAAGUAUGAACUAGAGCGUGAGAAACUGGAAAUGGAACUUAAAGAGGAGAGAAGAUCGCAGAAAGAACGUGAACAGCGUAUUAGGGAGCAACAGAUCAAAAUUGACAAUCUCAGUAGUCUUGUAACUAGUUCAGACGUUCACGGCAACUCUAGUCAGGUUAAUCCAGCAAAAGACUGUAUGCUGAUGGACUUACUUACUGUGGAUGGUGUGCUUGCAAACUUUAAGACCCUAAAAACUGAAGUGAAAUAUGCAUCUGAGGAACAAGAUUCUGGGAGAUAUAGGAUUACGGAAGAUUAUAAUGACAGCAAUAGUAAAUCUCAAGGAGAACCCUUUAGAACGCCUUGUUUCAAAGCUGGUCCCAAUGCCUUUGUUGCGAAGAGAUCUCAGUAUUCAACUUUGCCUGAUUGUAGCCCUCUUCCAGAUACUUUCAGCAAUGUGGCUGAUGAAGAUACUUGGUUGAAAAUGAACAGAGGUUAUAUAGCUGACCUUGAUUCCAUACAAAUGACUCCUGCAAGAAAAGUUCAAUCUUUUCCUUCAAGCGAUGUUACUCCUGAUGGUUCGAACAAAAAUUACAAUCAAGAGGUCCAAAAUCUCAAGAGACAGCUGGAACUUGCUAUUGAAGAGAGAGAUGAACUUAAGAGGAAGCACGCAGAACAAUUGACAUUAAACGAUCGUUUAACAUGCGAGAUAUCUGAGCUCCAACGAGAAGCACAACUAUUUCAAGAAAUCCCUCAAAGGCUUUGUGAAUGUGCAGCAAAUUGCAAAGACAUUUAUGUUGAUGUUUUGUCAAUGACACAGAGUUCUAUAUCUGAUGGGUCUUCUACUGCGAAACUACUUUCAAGCAUGAGUGAAAUUGGUGCAAGCCUUUUUACAACUCUGGAAAGUCAUUUUUCAAUGGCUCUGGAUGGCCCCAGAUCUUUCACAGAGAAUGAUUUUAAAGAAUAUCGCAAAGUUCUCUUUGAGAGGUUUAAUAGCACAAUCAAAUCAUUGGUAUCAUCAGAAACACAAAGCAUUCAGAACGAGCAGGUGACUAAUCUACCAUGCAGCGGUGAAUAUAAGGGCUGUGCUGUGGGAGGUGAAAUUGGCUAUUGGAAGGAAAAUUUGAGCGAUGAACUCCACACAAUAAAGGAAAGGUACCAUGACCUGGAGAUGGAGUUACAGAGUAAUAAUCAGCUACUGGAGGCAUGUAAGCAAAGAUAUGAUACAUUGGAAGCCGAGUUUCUUCUUUUAAAAGAAGAAAGAGAUUCUUUGCACAAAAUGGUCUCUGAAUCAUCUAAGGAACUUGCACUGGUUACAGACCAGAAGGAAAAUGUUAUGAAGGAUUUCAACACUGAAUCUCACAAGAGGAAAGGUCUUGAAGAGAAGAUAAAACAAUUUAGCGUUGCUUUUGCCUGUCGUAAGAUGUCACUUGCAUCUUUUCACGGUGAAUUUAAGUCCAAAAUUGAGAGACUGAGAGCUCAAAAUCGAGUUUUAGCACUCAAAUCUCUGGAGUGUUAAAGAUUAUUACUAGUAUUCGGGCCUGCUAUUUAUUACUCAUGCUUGUAUGUGGUAUUUAUUUAAGAAUCAGGUUAGCAUACUCUGUAUUUUUAAUGGUCAAAGUGUUUACAUGUAGUUACGGAUGUUGAAGGUACUAAACUAAACAAGCUGGUCUAGGAUUUAACAGUGUUAGACUCGAAUUUAAACUUCCACACCCUCAAAUGAAUUACUUGUAAUUUAUCUCAA